AUCAGCUGUGUCCAAUCACAGCUGAUCACAUGUAAACAGGGAAAUGCCAGUUAUCGGCAUUUCUCUGCUCUCGAGCUGUCACGCCGACAGCUCGAGAGGAGAGCCGGGCACUGAUGAUCAGUGUGCCCUGAUGAUCAGUGUAGCCCCAACAGUGCCAGCUGUCAGUGUCCAUCAGUGCCACAUCAAUGCCACAUAUCAGUGCCUACCAGUGCACAUGAAUGCCACAUAUCAGUGCCCAUCUGAACUGCCUUUCAGUGCCACCCAUCAGUGCCAGUCAGUGCCACCUAUCAAUGCCAAUCAGUGCCACCUAUCAGUGCUGCCAAUCAGUGCCACCUAUUUGUGCGCAUCAGUGCCGCCUAUCAGUGCCAUGUAUCAGUGCUGCCUUUCAGUGCCCAUCAGU